AUGGCGAUGGACUACCUCGAUUAUAGCAUUAACCUCUUAAAUCUGCCGGAUGAAGUAAUCGAAUUCAUUAUAACUACAAGCAGCUUAGGACUUUUAGAUAUUAUCCAUGUAUCUGCGACUUGUAAGCAGCUGCGAGACAUUGCUUGCAGUUCCACUGUUUGGCAACAUCUUUCAAGAUCAAGGUGGUCAAAAUGGAGUCCUAAAUUAACUGGUCUUGUACUAGAUUGGUAUCAAAUAUACAAAGCAAGACAUAAGUUGGAGUCUCAAUUCCAAGUUGAAUUAGCCCAGAUGAAUGAAAAAUAUUUCAAUGAUGAUAUAUUACCCCGUCAGGCUUAUCAAGCUUUUGUUAAUUUGAUACUAAGUGACGAUCACAACAUUGCCACGGAAACAUUGUAUGAAUAUUUAGCCACCAUUUUAUCUGAUAAAAGUCAACAUAAUUUAACGUUGAAAUAUUACGGGAAAAGAGUAUUCAAUAAUGUUUGCCUCCAGUCAAUAUUGAAAGAAUUUUUGCAAAUGGACGAUGAUAAAAUAAACUUGGAGGAAGGUGCUGUUAUCAUUUCAACAUGGUUAAUGCCAUCCUUGGGUAUAGUGCAUGAAGAUAGCGUGUAUAAACAAUUGGAUUCAAUUGCUUACCAGGUGCAAAAGAAGCUGAUAAAUACCAAGAAUGGUCAACAACUUUUAGAAAGGUUUCAAAAUUCAAAUGGCUAUGUCACCGAUUACAAUUACUGUCGUAAUGUACUAUCAGCAAUGAAUGAAGUUCUAUACAAUGACCUAAAUUUUCGCGGAAAUCGCACCAAUUACUAUGAUGAUCGAAAUUCGUUUAUUGAUCAGGUUUUACAUCGUCGGAUAGGAAUUCCUAUAAGUCUAUGCAUCAUUUAUCUUGCUAUUGCACGAAGGCUGAAAGUCAAACUGGAUCCGAUCGGUUUUCCUGGUCAUUUCUUAUUACGCUUGCAACAUUCUGAAACAGUUUAUGGCGAUGCUACUACAGCUGAAGUAUUCAUUGAUGCUUUCGACCAUGGUAAAUUGCUCAAUCAAAAUGAAGCAUUUGAUAUGUCACCUAACCCAUCACAUAAGAAAAUUGAACUCUUACAACCUAUUAAAAACAGACAGGUACUAGCCAGAAUGGUUAGAAAUCUCACUAAUAUCUAUCAGAACAACUUUAGGCGUCAAAACAUGUUAACUGCCUUAAUUAAUUCGCUACGCUUGAUAUUGCUCUUGUGUCCUGAAGAUGAAGAUAAUCAUUCCUUUUUAACACGAUUGCUUUACCAUUUUCACGUUUACGAUGAAGAGGUGAUCAGAAGUGCAGAAGAGAAAGCGAAGAGCGGAAUUUUUAAAUUAAACCUUGGGCACUUAGAUAGCUUAGAAAGGAUGAAAGAAUUAAAACAAAAAUCCCGUAAACAUGAGUUGAAAGUUAAGCGUCGGCCGCCACAUGUCAAUUUACCAACAAAUGUGAUAUACAAAGUUGGAAUGAUGAUGCAACAUCGAAGAUAUAACUAUACGUGUGUAAUAUAUGGCUGGGAUUAUGAAUGCAGAAUGACCCAGGCUUGGGUUACACAAAUGGGAGUUGAUAUGUUACCGAAUGGAACUAAACAACCCUUUUAUAAUGUUCUUGUAGAAGAUGGUUCACAGCGUUAUGCUGCCCAAGAAAAUCUACGACAAAUUGAAGAACAAAUCGAACCAUGCCCUAACGCAGAAGUUGGCAAGUUCUUUCAAUCGUUCACUGGUACAAAUUAUGUGCCCAAUGACCAAUUGCGAAUUCGUUAUCCAGACUACUAA